AUGGCUCAUAGAUUCAAUGUUCUACCCGAAAAAGUCUCGGGCAACACCACGCCUUUCACUUUCCAUAUACCAAAAGAUAAGCUGAUCGAAUUUCGAGAGCUUUUGCGACUCUCAAAAAUUGGACCUGCAGCUUGGUGGAAUCAACAAGGAGACCCCAAUCUUGGAGUCUCGCGCGAAUGGCUGGCAAAGGCUAAGGAAACCUGGCUCACGAGUUUCGACUGGCGGAACCAUGAGGAUUUCAUCAACAAAUUUCCGAAUUUCAAGAUUAUCCUUGAAGACAAUGAGCUUGGCCAAGUCGACAUUCACUUCGCUGCGCUCUUUUCAGCAAAGAAGGAUGCCACCCCUAUCAUUUUCAUGCACGGGUAUCCUUCCUCGUUUGUUGACUUCUUGCCAAUGAUGGAAAUACUGGCUGAGAAGUACAGUCCUGAGACCUUACCCUAUCACAUAAUUGUGCCAUCUUUGCCCGACUAUGGACUCUCCACCCGUCAAAGUUUGGAUCAAGAGAUGACACUGAAUCGAUCUGCUCGGAUCAUGAACCAGUUGAUGAUCGAGCUUGGGUUCCACGAUGGGUAUGUUGCGCAAGGAGGAGACCUUGGCAGUAUGCUUGCACGUUUGAUGUCCGCGCAAUACAAGGAAUGCAAAGCCUUUCAUCUCAAUAUGCUCGUGUUGAAUGAGGGACAAGAGGUUCCGUCUUCCAAAGAUCUCAGCCCUCAAGAUCUCCAAACUCUUGAACGUAGUGAAGCUUGGUGCAAGACUGGUCUAGCUUAUGCACUUGAGCAUGGAACUCGACCAUCAACUGUCGGAUUAGCCAUUUCUUCUAGCCCAAUUGCUUUAUUAGCUUGGAUUGGUGAGAAACUUAUGGAAUGGACUGAUCCGCGAAACAAGUUUUCCCUGGAUCAAAUCCUCAGUCUGGUCAGCUUUUACUGGUUUACCGACACCUUUCCUCGGAGUUUGUACCAUGCAACCAUUCUACGAGAUUACAUAGGAAGUAAGCCAUUCCCGACAUCAAUGGAGAAACCUCUGGGUUAUUCCAUGUUUCAGUAUGACCUUGUUGUACUUCCUCAGCCUUGGGUCCAGGAACUUUAUCCUAAUCUGAUUUUCUUCAACAACCACGUCGAGGGCGGGCAUUUUGCUAGUACAGAGCAACCUGAAGCAUUUUUGGAUGACAUUGAGACAUUUGUCGCAACAGUCAGCGGGUUAUUCAAGGCUAAAUAG